UGCCAACCCCAGUGCCAGCGAUGCGGAAUUCAACGUGUAGGGAGGCUCAUCUGCCGCAGCGCUCAUCUCUGCUCGCUAGAGCACAGCUUUUUCCUAGGUUACUGGAUCGAAUGUGUAGUCGAAUGUCACUGACAGUAACUCUUGAAUCUUGGGAUUUGUGCAUAUUCUGCUGUUGUCGACGUUGUUGUUGUUGGACCUGUGGCUGUGUGUGUGUUAUUGCCCCCGUUUCUAAUGGGAGGGACGCUCCGCCAAGCUGCUCCAGUGCGGCGCCAACUCAAAACGACCCAAGUCUCCGUGCCCGUUCACAACAAAGUCAUUGCUCCGCGCGAGAACACUGCGAGUCGUGUUUCAGAGCCCUCACCUUCGCGAGCAGAUUCAAAUAGGCAGAUGGUACAUUUCUACUGUGCCCCUUCCUACUGUGCAGCGAUGGACCAGUCAUGGCCACAUGGUUUACUCGCGACUCAAUGUCGGUCUCAGUGCUGAGUAUACGCAUCGCCUGCCAAUCUUUUUCAUCUUUGCCAAAUUCUCAAUGUCACCGAUUGCUUGGUAAAGCAUUAAACAGACCGAUGUAUAGCAAAUGUAGGUACGGACCCUCCCUGAAGUUCGACAUGGGUGUGUGAUUGCAUUAUAGGACAACACGACCAAUAGCAUGAAGCUUAAUCACCAUCAGGUAAUCUGGAGACUAAAUUCUGCUAUAAGUGGGAGAAGCUUGUACAAUUGUAUUGUGCGACAACACCAAUCAAAGCGAAUGCCAAUG